GAAGCGGCGCCUCCUGCCGGAAGCUUGCUGUUGUUGACAUGACGCUCAGAGAGCUUCAAUGGAGACAAACUGGAGAUAAAUCUUCUUCUCAAACGACCACGAAGCGGCCAGCAGUGGAGGAGGGCGGAGCUUCCCAGCGGUCAUGAUGGAGGACACGGAGUCCGAGCUUUCCCCCGCCCCCUCUGAUCAGGACAGCCCCUCCUCCUCCCCCUCCCUGUCCCUCCCCUCCACGCCCUCGUCCUCCUGCGGCCCCCCCCCGGCCGCCACCCCCCCUCUGGGCGUGAUCAGCGAGGGCGUGGCGGAGCUCGGCCCGGUGAUCGAUGCCGAGGUGGCCCAGCAGGCGUGUCGGGAGGUGCUGCAGCAGGUGAAGCUGACUCAGGCGGACGGCGCUGAGCCGCAGAGCAGGGGGGCGGAGCCAGGGGCGGAGCCGGCGGGGGCAGACGACCCCGAGGGCCCGGCCCCCGGCUCCGUGAAGAGCGCCCGGCGGCGCCAGAGACACAACCCCUCCAAGCAGUCGUGGCUGCUCCGCCUCUUCGAGUCCAAGCUGUUCGACGUGUCCAUGGCCAUCUCCUACCUGCACAGCUCCAAGGAGCCCGGCGUGCAGGCCUACAUCGGGAACCGGCUCUUCAGCUUCGGCCACGACGAGGUGGACUUCUACCUGCCGCAGCUGCUCAACAUGUACAUCCACAUGGACGAGGACGUGGGGGACGCCAUCAAGCCCUACGUGGUGCACCGCUGCCGUCAGAGCAUCUCCUUCAGCCUGCGCUGCGCCUGGCUGCUGGGCGCCUACUCCUCCGACAUGCACAUCUCCACGCAGCGCCACUCUCGAGGGACCAAGCUGAGGAAGCUCAUCCUGUCCGACGAGCUCAAACCCGCGGGGUCCCGGGCCCGCAGGGACCACCUGACCCUGACGCCGUUCUGCCCCCUGGGGGGCCCCGGGCCCCCGGGGGGGGAGCACGGCCUGUCGCCCUCCAAGCGCACGCACCAGCGCUCCAAGUCGGACGCCACCGUCAGCAUCAGCCUGAGCAGCAACCUGAAGAGGACGGCCAGCAACCCCAAAGUGGAGAGCAGCCAGGACGAGGACAGCAGCACCAGCUCAGACAGUCUGGAGUUUAAGACUCGUCCCCCCGUGCGCCUGGCCCCCCAGAGGGAGUUCAUCAAGUCUCUGAUGGGCAUCGGGAAGCGUUUGGCCACGCUGCCCACCAAGGAGCAGAAGACUCACCGGCUGAUCUCAGAGCUGUCGCUGCUGAACCACAAGCUGCCUGCGCGGGUGUGGCUGCCCACGGCGGCCUUCGACCACCACGUGGCGCGCGUGCCGCACACGCAGGCCGUGGUGCUGAACUCCAAAGACAAGGCGCCGUACCUCAUCUACGUGGAGGUCCUGGAGUGCGAGAACUUCGAGACGUCGAGCGUUCCCAUCCGGAUCCCGGAGAACCGGAUCAGGAGCACUCGUUCGGUGGAGAACCUGCCGGACUGCGGCAUGACGGCGGACCAGAGGGCCGGCAGCUUCUCCACGGUCCCCAACUACGACAACGACGACGAGGCCUGGUCCGUGGACGACAUCGGGGAGCUGCAGGUGGAGCUCCCGGAGAUCCACACCAACAGCUGUGAUAACAUCAGCCAGUUCUCCGUGGACAGCAUCACCAGCCUGGAGAGCAAAGAGCCGGUGUUCAUCGCUGCUGGAGACAUCAGGCGCCGCCUGUCGGAGCAGCUGGCUCAGGCCCCCACCACGUUCAAACGAGACCCCGAGGACCCGUCGGCGGUGGCCCUGAAGGAGCCCUGGGAGGAGAAGGUCCGGCGCAUCAGAGAAGGUUCUCCUUACGGUCACCUCCCUCACUGGAGGCUUCUGUCUGUUAUUGUUAAAUGUGGAGACGACCUCAGGCAGGAGCUGCUGGCCUUCCAGGUGCUGCAGCAGCUGAAGUCCAUCUGGGAGCAGGAGCGGGUCCCCCUGUGGGUCAAGCCCUACAAGAUCCUGGUGCUGUCGUCGGACAGCGGCAUGAUCGAGCCCGUGAUGAACGCCGUAUCCCUCCACCAGGUGAAGAAGCAGAGCCAGCUGUCGCUGCUGGACUACUUUCUGCAAGAACACGGCGCUCCGACCACCGAGGCCUUCCUGUCCGCUCAGAGGAACUUCGUCCAGAGCUGCGCCGGGUACAGCCUCAUCUGUUACCUGCUGCAGGUGAAGGACAGGCACAACGGGAACAUCCUAUUGGACGCUGAAGGUCACAUCAUCCACAUCGACUUCGGCUUCAUCCUCUCCAGCUCUCCCAAAAACCUCGGCUUCGAAACGUCCGCCUUCAAACUCACCACCGACUUCGUGGAUGUGAUGGGCGGUCCAGAUGGAGACAUGUUUAACUACUACAGGAUGUUGAUGCUUCAGGGUCUCAUAGGAGCCAGGAAGCACAUGGAGAAGGUUCUGCAGAUAGUGGAGAUCAUGCAGCAAGGAACCCAGCUGCCCUGCUUCCACGGCUCCAGCACCAUGAGGGGCCUGAAGGAACGGUUCCACAUGAGCCUGACGGAGGAGCAGCUCCAGAUGCUGGUGGAGCAGCUGGUGGACGGGUCCAUGAGGUCCCUCACCACCAAGCUGUACGACGGGUUCCAGUACCUCACCAACGGCAUCAUGUGACCUGUGUGUGUGUGUGUGUGUGUGUGUGAGCAGCGUGAACAAAUGAAGAGACUGAUGGUCCUCCUGUUUUAUAUCUGGACUGCAGAGACGAUGAGCCUUCCUCUGUCGGUCUUCCUCUUUUAUUGUCUUCUAUUCCUCCUUUUAUUCCAGUUUGUUUGUUUGGUUUUUUUUAUUCCAGUUUUUUUCUCUUUUUCUUUUAUUCCAGUCUGUUUCUUCUUCCUUUUUCAUAUUUGGGCAGAUGUCCCUGAUUGGCUGCUCAGCCGGACUCUUAGCCAAUCAGAGAGCAGCCCAGUUUUUAGUUUGAACUGUGAAGUCUUGUUUUAGACUGUAAACCACUGAUCCCAGACCAGCGUCCUCUGACCAUUAAAACAACCCAACUCUGUU